AUUUGGGCCCAAGGCCAGCCCACGACUUUUUCAGCGGCUGGCGCUUCCACCCAGGGGCUGACCCAAACAUGGGCCAGACCGCGUCAACGGAGGCGGGCGAGGCGCCCGCCAAGGCGGCGGAGGUGCCCGCGGCGGAGCAGCCGCCACCCUCGAGCUACAGCUGGGUCCACGACAUGCCGGUGGCUGGCGCGUUCACGUCGGCGGUCGUGGACAACUGCUGCUACGCUCCCACGGUGGAGGAGCUCGAGGCAUGCUCGCGUAAAUAAAAAAUGCGACGGGAGGUUUUGGGUGGUUUUCGGCUUCCUGAGGCCCUCGCCCAGCCUCGGGACCGUCGAAACAGGACUCGGGAGGAGAGACCGGUCCUGAGGGAGGGGUUGGGACUUCGGGGGCACGUCGCAUUCCUGGGUAGAUUCCACGCGACCUUGCGGGUGGAGGCGGCCUUUGAGAAGGCCGACGCGGCGAAGGCCGGGAAAUUGACUAAGCAGGGCGUGGCCGAUGCGUGCCGCCAGCUGAAGAAAUCGGAGCGCCAGAUCCAGAAGCUCCUCGACUCCAUGGAGGGCCAGGAGGUCGACGUUGGCGGCUUCAAGGAGCUGUUCACGGGGGCGCGCAGGCCGUGGUACUACAAGGUGGGGUGCGUCCCGUUGCCCAAUCACGAGAAGGUGUUGGACGUGCCCGUGCUGGGACAUGUGCUCUGCACCACUGGAGACUUGGUGGCCACGCCGAUUGACUGGUCGCUCCGGGCUACCAAGAACGCCUUCCGAGACCCCGCUGACUGGGAGGUCGAGAAGAUGUUCUUCGAGAUGGACAAAGAUCGCAAGGGCGUGCUGAACAAAGACGAGGUCGCCGCAGUGCUGCGGAAAUUCGGUGCGUCGGAGGUGGACAUCGCCAAGGGCCUCGAGAAGCUCCACGGAAGGGACCCGAACCUGUACGAGUUCAAGGUAUUGAUGCGAGGGCCGAAGUUUGCUCCCAGCUUCUGGCACAACGUGCCCUGCGUGGGAAUGCCGUUGUCUAACAGCUUUUUCCGACACUUGGAGCCCGAGGUUCUUACCGAUAAGGACAUCAAAGAAGCGUUCGACCAAGUCGACAAGACAAAGGCAGGGAAGUUGGACAAGACGCAGGUGGCGGAGUGUCUCUGGGAGCUUGGCAGGCCCGAAAGCCAGGUCCAGGCGGCCAUCGAAGGCAUGGAGCACGAGGAGGUAGACCUCGAAGGUUUCAAGAAGGUGCUGAUGGAGGAACCGCCUAGGCCGUGGCUGAAGACGAUCGAGGUCAAUGAAACGGAGAUCCCGUUGCCGAACCCGGCCAAGAUCCACGAGGUGCCGCUCAUCGGCAUGGCGACCAAGCUCACGCAGGACGUGCUGUACGACACCUACGACUGGACAGCCGGCGCCUGCGUGCGCGUCGUCGGCCUGGUGGACGAGGUCGAGCUGGAGAGGAUGUUCAAGGAGGCCGACACGGACGAGGACGGAAAGCUCAGCAGGAACGACGCCGCGAAGCUGCUCCGCAAGUGGGGCAAGAGGGAGUUCGAGAUCAAGGACAUGCUGCUCGGCCUGGCAGAGGACAAGGACCAGCUCACGCACGCCGAGUUCAGGGACUGGCUGUACGGCGUGUACGAAGACGAGGACCCGAUCGCGGCCGCUGGCGCCGUGGCCGAGCCCGCGCCCGCGGCCCCGUGAGCACACCCUCGGUCCUGAAGUGCCAGCGGUGAGCGGAGGAGGCUCCUGUGAGGGCACCGGGCAGCGUCCGCGAGCCUGGGCGUCGCAGGCGCGCCCCCGGCCCGCCUCCCCCGCAGCCUGGAGGGAGUCAAGCUCGAGGACCGAGGCUCGAGGCCUUUCGGCGUUCGGGGGCCCUCCUCGUCGCCACGGCUGGACGGGCGGCGGAGACAGUGACGGCAAGGUAGGGCGGGAAUCGACAGCACAAAAACCGUAUCCGUGGGGUCGCGGCCCAGCGGACCAGCCCGCGAGGCCUGGGAUGUCGAUACUGUUCCGCCCGCGGCCAAUAGGCCAAUCAUUUCAACAGAUCUCUCGCCAGCAUCUUCGCACCGGCACCGCCUCUUGCAGCGCGUCCUGUGCAGUUGGUGUGCGCACGCCCCGGGGGCGCCGCGGCCGUGAGGUGCUGAGUCGCCCAGCGGUUGCGCCCGAGCCCGGGUCCGAGCACACCCGCCGCUGUUCGCUGUCCGAUGCCCCGCGUCCAGAGUUAGGAGGAGCAUCAGGGGCGGCAGCCGGAGAGGAUUUCUGAGAAGCGCUCGUUGGCUCGGCGCCGCGCCAGAGCAUCUGCGAGGCUCGGCCUGUCGAGCCAGGGCAGCGCGUGCACUUUGUGGCCAGAGUUGUGGCCCGAUCGGCUUGUGAUCCAGGUCUUGCUUCACCACACGGGCUCGCGUGUCACAGACUGUACCAGCACGGCCAGGGAGGUCGUUUGGUCGACUGCGGCAGCUCUGUGAACUCCAGUGUCUCCAAGCAGCCAUCGAGCAUGUUUGCUUUUGCUAAGUCUUAUUCCUUCCGAGCCGCGGAAUUGUCCGGGCCUUGCACGGCUCCCUCCCGUGGAACUGUUCAUUCAACUCGUCCGACUGGUAUGCAGCGCUGUCAGCGCA